AUGAACGGUACUAAAAGUAAGGGACCCGUGUUCGACCCGGGUCUCUGUAGAUGUUGUGGUGCCAUCAAAAAGUGUCGCCUUCUAAACUAUGAGUACGAAAGUUUUGGAAAUAAAGAAAUAUAUUCUGACAUGAUAAUGGAUUGUUACGGCCUUGUUCUGUCUCAUUUAGACGGUAAGCAAACUGAGAGGUUGGUGUGUGCGGCCUGCGUUCACCGACUGAGAGAUGCUAUGGCUUUCAGACAGCAGGUGUUGAAGUGCGAAGAAGCCUUUCUACAGGUCAAGAUAUAUGAUGAAAAAGAGAAUCAAACGGAGGAACAGAAAAUUGAGGUUGAAGUUAAGCUUGAACCAGAAGAUGUUAGCAAUGAGACUGAGAUACUUAAAGAUGCUCUCGCUGACGAGACUCAGACUGACAAUGAAAUUAAACCAGAUAUGGCGCUUAGCACAAACGAAGAUAUUCCUCUUCAAGAAAUAGUGACGGAGGAAGAAGACAAUAAGUUAGAUAAGAUUAAUGUAGAAGCUUUGCCUAAAAGAUUUAAAACCAUGAAAAGAUUAUCCGCGGAGAGAAACAAAAUCCCAAUGUCGAAAUUACAGCAACGGAUGAGAGAGCGUGACCCAACGUAUAUAACUGAGACAAACAUACUCACAAUCGUGGAAUUUUCAUACGUCUGUCCUUUCAAAUGUCGCCAUAACCAUUUACUAUGCUUCUACUGCGGCCAGAAUUUCUCAGAUCCCCAAGAACUUAGAGAUCAUACAACCCAGUCACACCAUCCAAGAAAAUUUAAAAUAACUGACCACAAAAACAUGCUCAAAUUGGACCUCACCAGAAUAGACUGCCGGCUCUGCAGCCAUAAGACAGAUGACCUAGAAGACUUCAAAACCCACAUAACUAAUGUCCACAAAAAGAAAUAUUACUUCAACGUCAAAGAUUUGAUGCUGCCGUUUAAGUUAUCCAAAGAUGAAUUUAAAUGCGCGAUUUGUGACGUAAUUUUUCCCUAUUUUCACGCUCUCAAUAAGCAUAUGAACGAGCAUUUCAGUAACUACGUCUGUGAGACAUGUGGUCUAGGUUUUGUGGAUCGCGGAAGAUUCCUGAUGCAUCAACAGAGACACGAAGAAGGUGAUUUUCCGUGUGAAGUAUGCGGAAAAGUCUUUAAAGCGCAGUAUAACAAAGAACUGCAUAUCGAUCGAGUUCACAAAAAGAAAGGUCGUGUAUAUUGCCCGAAAUGCGACGUAAGGUUAAUGAACUACCCACAAAAACUGAAACAUUUGGUCGAAGUCCACGGCGAAGAGCCGCUGUCCUUCAACUGUAAUAUGUGUGAUAAAGUAUGUGAGACGCGAAGAAAACUGACUAUACACAGACGGAAAGAACAUUUGAAAGAUUACAGAUACGAAUGCCAGUGUUGCGGGCAGAAAUUUUUCACACGUUUCGCAUUAACGAACCACAUGCCGACACACACGGGAGAGAGGAACUUCAAGUGUAAAGUCUGCGAAAAAACUUACCCUCGGUUAAAAACAUUGAAAGAUCAUCUACGUAUACACACAAACGAUAGAAGAUAUAGGUGUCAUAUAUGUGGACAAGCCUUUAUACAGAACUGCAGCCUCAAAGGACACAUGAAAAGCCAGCAUCCCGAAUACAGCUAG